AGUGCUGAUUGCUGAAGCACCUAUGGAUCUUUCCACUUCCAUCCACACUGCAGAAUCACAUACUCUUUACCUGGAACAGCUUGCAGCUCAAGACGGUAGCCAAACCCAGAUCUCGAACCAGGCGGCAGAUGCAGAUGGCAGCCAAACUCCGAUCACUUGCAUGGAUGCUGCUUUGUACGAGGCCGCAGCAUAUGGCAGGAUCGAUGUCCUGAAACAAAUGUCAGAAGAUCAUUUUGUGGUCCAAUUAACCCCAAAUAAGAAUACCGUCCUCCACAUUGCAGCCCAAUUCGGUCAACUGGACUGUGUUCAGUAUAUCCUGGGGCUGAAUUCAUCUUCAUCUCUCCUGCUUAAGCCCAAUCUGAAGGGCGACACUCCACUUCACCAUGCAGCGAGAGAAGGCCAUUUGACAGUCGUGAAAGCACUCAUUGAUGCUGCGAAACGACUUCACCAUGCAGCGAGAGAAGGCCAUUUGACAGUCGUGAAAGCACUCAUUGAUGCUGCGAAACGACUUCACCAAGAGAUCGAGAGUGGGGUUGGAGGAGAUAAGGCGAUUAUGAGGAUGACAAAUGAGGAGGAAAACACAGCCUUGCAUGAGGCAGUGAGGUAUCAUCAUUCAGAGGUUGUGAAGUCAUUGACCGAGGAAGACCCCGAGUUUAUUUAUGGGGCUAAUAUUACAGGCUACACUCUUCUUUACAUGGCCGCCGAGAGAGGUUUUGAAGAUUUGGUGAAUUUAAUCAUAGGAACUUGCACAUCACCAGCUCACAGUGGCAUGAUGGGUAGAACGGCUUUACAUGCUGCUGUAAUUCGCAAUGACCAAGAAAUGACAGCCAGGUUAUUGGAAUGGAAGCCAGAUCUGACAAAAGAAGUGGAUGAGAAAGGAUGGUCUCCCCUUCACUGUGCUGCAUACUUCGGUCAUACUGAAAUUGUGGAGCAAUUACUAGCCAAAUCACCAGAUAAAUCUGUAACUUAUCUUGGAAUCAAGGACAGCAAGAAAACAGCACUUCACAUUGCGGCUAACCGUCACCAUCAAGAUAUAGUAAAGCUGCUGCUGUCACACUCCCCAGAUUGUUGCGAGCAAGUGGAUGAUAAGGGAAAUAAUGUUCUUCACUCUGCCAUUAUGAGCGAGCGGUAUUAUGCUCCUGGUAAUAUCUUCACGGACAAUAGUUUGUUAUGGGUGACAGGACUUAUGAAUGAGAAAGACGCUAAAGGAGACACACCCCUCCACCUGCUUGCUUCUUACCAAGUUUAUGAUCCAUUUUUGUCAGAGAACAAUAGAGUGGAUAAAAUGGCGCUCAACAAGGAUAAGUUAACCGCCCUAGACAUUCUUUCAAGGGCUAACGUUAAGUCAGGAAAUAUAUCCAGGGAGGUACUUCUAAAACAAUUGAAGGAAGGGGAGAAAGUUGUUGUUGGACCCUUUAGUUGGCAGGAGGCCAUCAAUAAAGACAGUGGUAGUACUGGUAAGGGUAGUGCUGAUGAUAAUGGUAGCAGUAGUAAAAGCAAAGACGUCGGAGAAGACAAAAUCAUCUCGGAAAUAAACCGAAUAGGUGAAACCCAUUUGAUAGUGGCAGCACUUGUAGCAACUGUAACCUUUGCAGCGGGAUUCACCUUACCUGGUGGUUAUGACAGUGAUGGCAUGGCAACUUUAACAAAGAAAGCAGCUUUCAUAGCAUUUAUUGUGACGGACACCAUAGCCGUGACGCUCUCUGUAUCUGCUGUGUUUGUUUAUUUUAUUAUGUCGUUGCAUGGGGACGAGGAACUCCUUGAGAAACACUUAUUUAUGGGCUUUUAUCUCACCAUGUUUAGUAUAGGAGCAAUGAUGGUUGCGUUCAUGACAGGCCUAUACGCUGUGUUACCACUUUCCUCUGGGCUUCCAAUUGUUGCUUGUAUCAUCUGCAGCUUCUUUCUCCUUCCCUUUUAUUUUGUACUUAGACAAGCUGUUAAAUCUGCAAAGCAAUAGUGGGACCUUAUGUUUGCAUUCGGGCAAUAGCAGAUCUUGUAGCGCGGUAAGACUACCUUUUCUUCUGGCACUAGAAAUAAUUUUCUUGUAAGCAUGCUUUGUAAUAAUUAUUAUCGUAAUUUUUUUUUAAAAAAAAUUUUCUCAGUA